UUCAUUUUUCAACUCAAAAAUCCUAAUCCAUAUCGAUAAGUACUUAAAUAACUAAUUAACCUAUAUGAGUCAAAAGCUGAUUUUACUCUAUAAUCCAAUAAAAAAAUAAGAGGAAAGCGUAGUGCAGAACCAUGGUCAUUGUGUAUGAGAUUCCCACACGCAAAGGAGACUACUAUAAUAUGACUAGUGAGCCAUGGCUAGAAACUAAUUCAGAAAUAAAGGAGAGGAAGAAGAAAAAAGCAAAAACACAGAGAAAAUGGCAGGAUUAUUUGAUAAACAAGCUGAUCUGUACCUUGACGCCAGACCCAAUUACCCAUCGGAGUGGUUCUCGAAGCUCGCCGAUCUCACCGAUCACCACGGUUUAGCAUGGGAUACCGCCACCGGCAACGGCCAAGCAGCUCUCGCCAUAAACGAUCUUGCAUUUGACAAAAUCUCGCCUUGUAAACAGGUUGCAGAUCACUACGAGAGAGUCAUAGCGACGGACGUGAGCGAAUCGCAGCUGAAGCUGGCAACGCCGCAUCCGAGGAUCGAUUAUUGCCACACGCCGUUGUCAAUGUCCGAAGACGAGCUAGUGGAAUUAAUCGGAGGAGACAACUCAGUGGAUCUGAUCACGGUCGCUCAAGCCGUACACUGGUUCGAUCUCCCCAAGUUCUACGCAGUCGCCACGCGCCUCCUCCGUAAACCCGGCGGAAUCAUCGCCGUCUGGGGCUACAACGACGUCUUGGUGUCACCGGAGUUCGACGCCGUUCAGUAUCGAUUCCACGCCCAAACGCUGCCGUAUUGGAAGUACCCAAACAUUCAGCACAUCUUCGAUUCGUACGAAGCAUUGCCGUUUCCUUUCGAAAGUGUGGGGAUGGGAUCGGAAGGGAAGCCAUUGAAACUGGAGAUGCCUAAAACGGCGUCGUUCGAAGGGAUCGUAACGAUGAUCAAAUCAUGGUCUGCUAUAAUCACGGCGAAAGAGAAAGGGGUCGAUUUGUUGCCGGAGAGUUUGGUGAGGGAGCUCGAGACCGCCUGGGGAGGAUCUGAUCUGAUUCGUCCCGUCGUGUACAAAGCUUUUAUGAUCGCAGGGAAAGUUAGAGUUUGA